CCAGCAGAUUUGGGCGGCGCCGGCGCCGGCGCCAAUCCGUAGACUCGUGGAGAGGGAGCUUGACGGCGGCGACGCGAUGCCGAUCGAGAUGCCCCGCGGGCUGCCGUUCGCGGUGGACACGUGGACCCCGGCGUCGUCGCUGAAGCGCCACCGCUUCCUCACCCACGCCCACCGCGACCACCUCGCCGGCAUCGCCGCCACCUCCGCCGUCUCCGCCUCCUCCCCGGUCUACGCCUCCCGCCUCACCAUCCUCAUCGCCCUCCGCAUCUUCCCCCAGCUCCACCGCGCCGCGUUCGUCGAGCUGGAGGCGGGCGCCCCGCCGCUGCGCGUCCCCGACCCCGACGGCGACUUGACCGUCACCGCCUUCGACGCCAACCACUGCCCAGGCGCGGUGAUGUUCCUGUUCGAGGGCCCCUUCGGCGCCGUCCUCCACACCGGCGACUGCCGCCUCACGCUGGACUGCCUCAGCGCCCUGAUGCCCCUCCUCGCCCGCCGCAUCGACUACCUCUUCCUCGACUGCACCUUCUCGCGAUGCCCCCUGCAGUUCCCCACCAAGGAGGACUCCAUCCGUCAGGUGAUCAAUUGCAUCUGGAAGCACCCGAACGCGCCGGUGGUCUACCUGGUGUGCGACAUGCUGGGCCAGGAGGACGUCCUAAUCGAGGUGUCCAAGGCGUUCGGAUCCAAGAUAUACGUCGACAGGGACAAGAAUUCAGAUUGCCACCAGACGCUCUCGCACGUCGCGCCGGAGAUCCUCGCCGGCGCCGCCGCGUCCUCCACCCGCUUCCACGUGAUCCCGUUCCCGCGGCUGUCGGAGCGGGCAACGGAGAUCCUCGCGCUGGCACGGGCCAGGCAGCAGCCAGAGCCCCUCAUCAUCAGGCCGUCCUCGCAGUGGUACGCGUACUACGAUCCACCGGAGGGGUCGGCGCAGCAGAAACCGCUGCUGACGGAGCCGAUGCGGGAUGAGUUUGGGGUCUGGCAUGUCUGCUUGUCGAUGCAUUCGUCCCGAGAAGAGCUGGAGCAGGCGUUGGGGAUCCUCAAGCCCAAAUGGGUUGUCUCGACGACGCCUCCGUGCAUGGCAGUGGACCUGAGCUAUGUCAAGAAGCAUUGCGCCCUGUCCCGGUUUGGUCCUGAUGAUCCCAUCUGGAAGUUGCUUGGGAUACCUGAUGGGAUGUCUACUGGUAUCAGCAAACCACAGGCAGCGCUGACGGUGGAAGCUGUCGGGGAGCGUGAGGAAGAAUUCAGUUCUUGUACUGAUGAGUGUGGCUCCGAUGAUAGAAGCCAGGCAGAGGCUGCAGAACCCACACCGGCUGAUUUUGAGAUCAGAAUUGAGCCGCCUGUGACGCUAUUUGGGAGCGCAAGGUUUGGAUUAGUGCAGCACGAAUCUGAACUGUGGGGACAUGAGUAUCAGAUUGUGGAGAUGAUUGAUAAUGCUGAACUUGAAGCCAAGGAUUCUGCUACCAAAACUGGGUGUUGUCACAAUAGCAAGCCUGAUGAGAGUGUAGAAAUAAUUGAUUUAACUGAAGUUGCAACAAAGGAGCAGACUUCAGUCCCUGAAUCUGAGCUGUUGAAGGGCAGCAAAUCUGACGAUGGAGCUGAAGUAGUUGAUCUAACUGAAGAUGGAAGGAAACAGAUGAGUUUCAUUGCAGAGCCUGAACAGUCUAUGGAUGACAAAGGGAAUGGGGAAGUUGAAUCGGUGGAAGCCCAAGAACAGGAUCAGACUGUUCAUUAUGAUCUGCAGGAAGUUUGCAGGCACAAGGUCACUGAUGCAGGUAAAAACAGAAUGAAGGUGACUAAAGAGAUUUCAAUUUCAGCUGUGCAUGUCAAAGUUUCGGCUACAAUCAACAAGGAUGAUGACACAUCUACAUCAGAAACCGGGGAGAACUCUGAUCAAGGCUCUGAAAGGUCAAGCGAUUCUUCGACCACUGUUGGAUCAUCAAAAGGGCUUAACACAAACCUGAGGCGGCUUUACAGGUCGAUGAACGUAUCUGUUCCGCGGCCCCUGCCGUCAUUGGUUGAGCUCAUGGGGGCCUCCAAACGACCCAGAGUUUCUCAAACUGUGCAGCUAUAGGCUUGUGGCAGGUUAAUUAUUUAUUUUAUUGCUAUCAAAUUCAUAUCUCUGUUGAAUCUUUAUUUCUCGUUAGCUACUUGAUUUGUGGCUCAAGGACUACUUCAGAUUGACUUGAUUCUACAAAGAGGCAAGUAUAAGCUUGCAGUAGAGUAUAGGCAGCAAUGAUGUAUUGUGCUGAAGAAACAUCUUGUGUUCUGAA